UUAGGCGUUUCAAUAUCAAUUUCCAACUCUUCUCUUUUUCUCCGAACUCUUCUAUAAGUAUAGGGAUAUAUACGUACCCAUGUAUACAUACUGUCACCUCUUUUCUUUACUCCUCAUUCCUAAAUGGGUCGAUGCCACUCUCUUCAAGCUGCUCUCUUUCUCACUUGUUCUCUCUUCUUAACACUCAUUGAUGCUAAUAUAAUCUCUGGAAACAAGCAAUCCUACAUUAUUAGAGUUCAAAAUGACAUGAAACCAUCUGCUUUUUCUGAUGUUGAGCACUGGUAUGGUUCCACCCUUAGAAGCCUAAGUUCGAAUCCUCUUAACUCUGCAAAAUCCAACAGCAUCCAAGUAGAAACCACUGAUCUGGAGUUCCUUCAUGUGUACAAAACUGUUUUCCAUGGCUUCUCGGCAAGACUCACUGAAAAAGAGGCCCAAGAACUGGCAAGUCGCCGAGGGGUUCUCUCAGUUUUACCCGACCGACUUCGCCAACUUCAUACCACUCGCUCACCUCACUUUCUGGGGUUGGAUUCAUCAGCUUCUGCUCCAGCUAAUCUUGUAUCCGAGUCUGACUCGGGUUCUAACGUUGUUAUCGGUGUACUUGAUACCGGUAUAUGGCCAGAACGACUAAGUUUUCAUGACAAAGGCAUGGGACCAAUUCCAUCAUUUUGGAAAGGGGAGUGUACACAAGGGCAAGAUUUUACAAAAGCCAAUUGCAAUAAAAAGAUUAUUGGAGCUCGAUACUUUACAGCAGGCUAUGAGGCGAGAAUUGGGAAGAUUAUGAAUUCCUCUACUGACAUAAAGUCCGCUAGAGACAGCGACGGUCAUGGAACACACACGGCCUCCACUGCAGCUGGCAGAGCCGUUGAGGAUGCUUCUUUGCUGGGAUUCGCUAAAGGAGUUGCUGUCGGUAUAGCACCCAAGGCUCGAAUUGCAGCGUACAAGGUUUGCUGGAAAAGGGGUUGCAUGGAUUCCGACAUCUUAGCAGCAUUUGAUAAAGCUGUGGAUGAUGGCGUCAACGUUAUUUCAAUAUCUAUCGGUGGUGGUGCUGUUCCUUACAAUCUUGAUCCCAUAGCGAUCGGAUCUUUCGGAGCAAUGGAGAAAGGUAUUCUUGUCUCCGCUUCAGCAGGUAACGAAGGUCCAAGGCAAAUGACGGUGACGAAUGUAGCUCCAUGGAUUACAACCGUGGGUGCUAGUACUAUUGAUAGAAAGUUCCCUGCUGAUCUUGUCCUUGGAAAUGGCAAGAGAAUCACUGGCGCGUCAUUGUAUAGUGGUGAUCCUUUGCCUGACAAACAGUUGCCGUUAGUAUAUGGUGGGAAUGUUUCAGUUGGUAUAAGAAAUGGUGCUAGGCAUUCUAGUAGCUUCUCUGCAGCAACAUGCAUGCCCGAUUCACUAGAUAAAGAGCGUGUGCGUGGGAAGAUUGUGGUCUGCGAUCGUGGUGGCACUCCAAGGGUAGCAAAAGGAGAGGUCGUGAAUGAAGCCGGUGGUGCUGGAGUCAUUGUAGCAAAUGUAGCACCCAUGGGAGAAGGCCUAAUUGCAGAUGCACACUUGAUUCCUGGACUGGGGGUUACCGAGUCAGCUGGUAACAUCAUUCGUGAUUACAUCAACUCCAACAACAAUCCAACAGCGACUAUGGCUUUCUACGGAACUCAACUUGGGGUAAAACCGGCACCCGUAGUUGCAUCUUUCUCCUCUAGAGGACCUAACGCAGAGUCUAUUUUCGUUCUCAAGCCAGAUGUCAUCGCGCCUGGAGUGAAUAUCUUAGCUGCUUGGCCGGAUGGUGUGGCACCAACUGAGCUGUCAUCUGACACGCGACGCACUCAGUUUAAUAUUGAAUCUGGAACAUCUAUGUCUUGUCCGCACGUGUCUGGUUUAGCGGCUUUACUCAAAGGAGCCCAUCCGGACUGGUCACCAGCAAUGAUUCGCUCAGCUCUCAUGACAACUGCAUACACACAAGAUCAACAAGGCAAGAUGUUGCUAGAUGAAAAAUCCUAUAACGUUUCAACGGUGUUGGACAUGGGUGCAGGACAUGUGGAUCCCGAAAAAGCCGUUGAUCCUGGAUUGGUUUAUGACAUAACAGUCGAUGAUUAUUUGAACUUUUUAUGUGCAUCUAAUUAUAGUGGUAGGGAUAUUAAACAGAUUGCUAGGAGACCAUGGAGGUGCAUGGGGAAGCACCAUAAGCCGUGGGAUUUUAAUUAUCCGGCAAUCUCAGUGGUUAUUGAUUCGACUGAAGCAGCAGGUAUGGGAAUUGUACAAGUGACAAGGACUGUGACACAUAUUGGUGAGGCUCCAUCAACUUACACAGUAUUGGUGACAAAUCCUAAAGGUGCGACUGUAACUGUAACACCAACCAAAAUAGAUUUCAGAGAAAUGGGUCAGAGACAAAGUUAUGUGGUUCGUAUUAAGGCUGAGAAUUUGGCGGUGACAACUCUAAGCUCGCUGGUAGAGGUGGGCAUGUUGAAUUGGUCUGACGGGAAACACCAAGUGGUUUCCCCUCUUGUUGUUGUUUGGAAACAAGGUUUGUGAAACCGUGAUAUCAGUGGCUGCGAUUAUCAUGAUUUUCCAAUAAUGAAUUGUACCUAAUUACUAGCCACCUCAUGAGCAAGAGUAGAGAAGAAACAAAAUAAGGUAGGAAGCAAAAGAUGAAUCGAUUACUUGACGUAUGAUAUGAAGUUAUCAGAUAAUGUAGUUACCGUGUUUACAGUUCAUCUAUGUUAUGUGUGUUGAUUUAAUUGUUUUA